UUACCAUUUGCUUAUUAUCGAUUUUGGGCGAUAAUCUAUACUUUGUAUGUCCUAUUCUGUAGACUUUCGCAAAAGGCGUCUAUUUAGUCCUUUAAGUACAAUUUCUCCUAGUCAAGCUAAUGUCACUUCUACGAAACGAGCAGCAACAAAUAUAUGGUCGACCAAAGAUACGUUUAAAGAUCAAACUUCACUAGAUGAGAAAGAAAACAUAGAGCAGGUUCAGGAAAAGGUCACCUUAGGAGAAUAUAAAUUUCAGAGCUUGAACAACUGCUCUCAUGAAAAUAUAUCUAGUCCAAAAACGCAAAUAGAUGCAAAGAAAGAAACAGAAACAAAAUUACAAACAAAGGUAUAUCCACUAUUGAUAUCGAAUAUUUUCCAAAGACAGGAGUGCUUUCCUUCAAGUACUGCAGACCAAAGCCUUUCUUUAUAUACUUCAGAGUAUACAGAAAAAUUUAAACUCCAAACUGUGAAGUUGGUCAGAGAAGCUCAAGAUUUCAUCCAGAAUUCGAAGUGCGCGAUAUUUGGCAGGGAUCUCCUAUGGUUGCCAUUCUUCCAAACACAGUCUAGUUUUCGUGAUCCGCCGCAGACAGUCAAUAUUCUCGAUAAUAUAUAUUCAGGAUACAUUACUCCGGAACCUGGGAAAGAGCGAGAGCAACAAAAUUGUCUAUUUGAACAAAUCUUGGAUCGUCUUUCUGCCACAAACAAAUUACUCGAGAGCCAAGUUGAAAAUGAAGAAUCAAUCAAGACCAAAAUUCAUAUCUGUAAGAGCAGCCAUUGUGCAAGUACAAAUACAGUCACUUCUAUUGACUCUACCAGUUCCCAACUUCUUGACAAUGACCUUGAAGAAGAAUUGUUCUACUCCAUAGAAAGAUUUCAAAUCGAAAACCAGAAACUGCGUUUUGAGAUUGAACAACUUGAACAAGAACUCCAAGAAAUACACUAUCUUCGUGAAAUUGAAAGCCUCGCAGCAGACGCAACAAUUUCGGAAAAGAAUGAAGAAUUGUCUCGUCUUCGAGGCAAUUAUACUCUUAAAAGUUCGAUGAGUGGCGACAGUGUGGGAUGUGAUUCAAUUUAUUAUAAGACAUUUGUAUCCAAAAAUCAAUUUGGAAACGUUGAUUGCUUUGAGAGUCCAAAAGUGACAAAGAAGUUUUCCUCAGAAGCUGGACAAACUCCUGGUACUAUAGUAGAUACUAGACGAAGGUUACGUGCUUGCAUCGACUAUCUUCUUGAAGAGAGAAACGAAACUACAAGAUUUGAAUAUGUAGAAAGAGCUACAUAUGAAGACAGAUUAAACCAGCUUCAGAACAAGAUAUCUGCGUAUGACGCCAACUUAAAGAACUUGUCUUCAUGCCUUGAAGAACAGCGUCUUGAGCUCAAAGCAGUUCAGGCCGAAAAAUCGCAAUUCAGCGAAGUUAUAGAAGAGAAAACACAACAGCUUCUCUCGAGCUCUCUUCAACUUGAAACUGCCGAGGACGAAAUCAAGCAAAGAAAUAGAGAAAUAGAAAGUUUGAAGGCACAAGUAAGUCAAACUUCAACUGCACGAACAGAACUGUCCGAUUCCCUUCAAAGAGUCAGCGAAGAGGUUUUGCAAAUGAGAGAGAAAAUGAAACUUCUCCAAGAGCGACUAGACGAAACGAAAGCAAAAUUAUGCGAGAAAGAUGCGGAAUUAGAAAGCUUCAAGAAAGAAGUAGCAAAAAAAGAUGAGCAGUUAGUCUCGAAUUAUUCACUACUAUCUGAGUUGCGUUCCAAGUUGCUGAAGACGGAGAACGAUCUUGAGCAAGCCACUGAAACAGCAAAGUGGCAAGAAACUCAAUAUCAGUCUCAAAUCAUUUCAUUAACAGAGGAGCUGCGAAUAUGUGAAGAUUGUUUAGAAGCUGUAAAAUCUGAAAAGAAGAAAUUGCUUGCUGCUGUCGAAAAUGAAAAAUCAGAAAAGGCAACUCUGGUUUCGGAAAUGAACAAACUUGUUGAAGAAACCCAAAGGUUAUCACAUCAAUUAACUUAUGUUCACGAAUCAGAUGAGAAAGAAAGAGAGUUGGCCGAGAGUCGCAAGCGCUUAGCAAACUUGGAAAAUGAGUUACGCAAGAAAGAGUUUGAUUAUUCUAUUCUUCAGAACGAUUAUGCUGAACUCCAUAUGAAGCUUGAAAUAGAGAAGGAUCGUGCUCAUGUUUUUGAUGAGGAAGCUUUUUCCGCGGAACAGAGAAGAAGACAAGAUGCGGAAAGAGAAUCGGCUGAACUGAAGGACGAGUUGCGUAAACUUACCCAGUUUAUUAAGAAAUAUCGUGACAAAACUGAAAGCAAAAUGAGCAAUCUUAAGAUGAUUAUUUGCCAAAGAGAUACAGCUGUGGAAGAACUUAAGAAUGUUCAUCAGUUAUUGAGGAGCUCCGAAUGGAAUGCCGAGUUACGGGAGAGGAUAGUCCAGGAAAUCGUUCAUUUCUUUUCUCAAUUAGGACAGCAAAAGGAAGGCUGUUAUGUAUCUAUGCAUUAAUGACAUAUUAUAUCGUGCUUUGAACAAAAGGCAAUAAGGAUAUAUAACACUUGGAAAUAGUUUUGGUUGUGAGCGAUACCUUCAAUUGGAGCUUAUACUGAAUGUCAUUUAUCCUUUUCAACGUUUUUAACUGACUAAGCUUUGAAAGUGAAAUAAAGCAAGCGAUGCAGGUGCUUAAUUUGUAG